AUGCUUCUCCCUCCCCCUUCCCUUGCAUUCAAUUCUUCUGAAUACAUACAUUUAUUUAUUUAUUUAUUUAGAUUUCGUUUAUUUCAUAAUAUUCUUUAUCAAGAUAUGUCAUAUUUUGAUUUACUUGGUGGUAAAGGCAAAUUAAGCAAUAUGUUAGCAGACGAUUUACUCAAACUUAAAGAAGGAAUUGGUGACAAAGUGGCUGAUUUUCUUUCAUUAUUAGCUCGUAUGAUAGGUUGUCUUAUUUUUGCACUUGUUAAAGGGUGGAAAUUAACAUUAGUCAUUUUGGCGAUUGCUCCUCUUGUUAUUAUAGCUUUUAAUUUAACAAUCAAAUUUACUGUAAAAUAUACACAGAAACAAAUUCAUGCAUAUGCUAAAGCAAAUACAAUUGCACAAGAAGUAUUAACAGCUAUACGUACAGUAACAGCUUUUAAUGGGCAGAUGAAGGAAUAUGAUAGAUACGCCAGUAGUUUAUCACAAAUACCAUCGAUUGGAUUUAAGAAAGGCCUUGUUCAAGGCCUAUGUCAAGUAUUUUCCAAUGUUGCUAUUGGUAUUGUUUUUACAGCGGCACUUUGGUAUGGACAGUAUCUAAUUAAAACCGAAUGCCGUACAUAUUCUGCUGGUAUACUUGUUGUUGUAAGUGAAGACUUUUUUCAAACGAUUUCAUCAUCCAUAUAA